GGGCGGGGCUGCUGCAGCGACCGGUCGCUCUGCUCCUCCCGGCGGCGUCGACGUUGGUGACGGGCCCUGGCCCUCUGCUCCUCCCGGCCGUCACUCCCUCCGUCCCUUCCUCCUCUUGGCAGCAGCAGCAGCGGCGGUUCCCCGCUCCUAGAUCUUCCCGGCGGCGGCGGCAACGGCGACGUUCGGGUCGCCAUGGACUUCAACGUGAAGAAGUUGGCGGCGGACGCCGGCACUUUCCUCAGCCGCGCCGUUCAGUUUACAGAGGAGAAGUUUGGUCAAGCUGAGAAGACAGAGUUGGAUGCCCAUCUGGAGAAUCUGCUGAGCAAAGCAGAAAGUACCAAAUUAUGGACUGAAAAAAUAAUGAAGCAGACCGAAGUGUUGCUGCAGCCAAACCCAAAUACCAGAAUAGAAGAAUUUGUAUAUGAAAAACUGGAUCGGAAAGUGCCUUCUCGAAUAAAUAAUAGUGAACAGUUAGGCCAGUAUAUGCUUGAUGCUGGAAAUGAAUUUGGCCCUGGAACUGCAUAUGGCAGUGCUCUCAUUAAAUGUGGAGAAAAUGAAAACCGAAUUGGUGCUGCAGAGAGGGAACUAAUACACACAGCAGCAGUUAAUUUUUUGUCACCCCUUAGGAACUUCCUAGAAGGAGACUACAAAACAAUAUCAAAAGAACGCAAGCUCUUGCAGAAUAAAAGACUGGAUUUAGAUGCGGCGAAAGCAAGACUGAGGAAGGCAAAAGUCUCAGAGUCCCGUUCGGCUCAACUAAACGCUACUCAGGCUGAAGGAGACAACCUUAUGGUAAAUUUAUCUUACAUGCUCAACUUGCUGCAUGUAAAAUGGCUGAAGAAUUGUCUGGCUGUAUCCCUUCCUUGCGGUUAUGGCAAAGCUGCUCUGGAUCGUGGACUACCUCAGAUCCAACUACCACUCGCCCUGGCCUCCUUCACGCUUUGGGCAGAGGAGGUGACAAAUGCUGAGCAGGAAGUGCGAAUCACACAGAGCGACUUUGACCGCCAGGCUGAGAUCACAAGACUUUUGCUUGAGGGGAUCAGCAGUACACAUGCACACCACCUUCGCUGCUUGCACGAGUAUGUUGAUGCCCAAGUGACCUACUAUGCACAAUGCUAUCAGUAUAUGGUUGAUUUGCAAAAGCAGCUUGGAAGUUUUCCGACCUCGUUCACUUCCAACAACAAUCAGAUUGCCUCAGCGCCAGUUUUAUCCAACACCGUGCCACCAUUUUCUGCAUCUUCAGUCCCACUAUCCACGUUAAACAAUCCAAUCGCUGCCACUGGUACCAUAGACUAUAAGCUGUCGUCUAGUGGCACAAGAAAAGCUCGUGUUCUCUACGAUUAUGAUGCUGCAGACAGCAGUGAGUUGUCGCUUUUAGCUGAUGAGGUGAUAACUGUAUACAGCCUGCCCGGUAUGGAUUCUGACUGGUUGAUGAGUGAAAGGGGGAAUCAGAAAGGAAAAGUGCCCAUUACAUACUUGGAGCUGCUAAACUGAACAUAUUGAUCUGAAAAUAUUGGUUGUAAUCACAAUAUUUAAUUGCAGCCAACUUUGUAUAAAGCAAUUCAUGAAAUGUCUUCCACACAUGUUGUCCCUGAAAUGUUUGGGACCAUAUGAGUUACAUGUAUGACUAAACAUGUGUGUUCGUUACUGCACUCGUCCAAGCCAAUGUAUAACUCCCUUGCUUUUGAAAACUUUUAAUAUUUUUGUGCCAUGAAUGUUAUUUGCUAAGAAAUAUCUGCUUCAUUUUCUAUUUAAUAUUUCAUUCUUGCAUAUAUUAGUGAUUGGAAAAGCAUUUCUUUAUUAAACCAACUUGAAUACAACAUCUCUGUAUUUCUAAAACUUAUUACCAGAAACAUGGAAUUUAGCUUUAAAAAAAAAUGACAUGUGCUUGACUAAAUGUUAAAAAUGAUGUACAGCAUCGCCGAAAUAAAACAAAGUGUCAAAAGAUCUCUUUCCUGUAUGUAUUUGUGUACUUGGACCUUGGAUCCAUUGCGAACAUAGGCACUCAAGCAUUUAAUGAAACGUUUGUUCUUGUUAGUCCUGA